CGUCGUGCUCGGUGGACGCGUUUUUUUGGAAGUUAUCUCUCCGGUUCGGAGCUUCCGGACCUCGGUGAAGCUGUGGAGGCAAGUUCCGGCUGGGAGUGGUUCCGGGAAAUUACGGUUCCUUUUUUCGCUGAAGGUCUAACUUGUGCUCCGAGAAUAGACCAACUUAAAUGGGACGAGUCCCGGACGGGCGGACGAUUGCCAGCGGUUUCUUUGAUGGGGGGAUGAACUUUGCCGAAGACAUCGAAACGAUCCGUGUGCUUUAGAAAGGAUACAAUCGCAGCAGGUGUCAACUGUGAUUGUGCGCGGGUUUGUGUGUGUGUGUGGCGUGAUGAGAAAGUUUAUUUACAGUGGAAAUUCAUCGCGGAAAAGCGCGCCAAACAGUGAAUAAAGUUCGCGCUGGGAGUUUUCCGUUCAAAUAAAUAUAUACGGUUAAUGUUUAGAAUUUAAAGUAAAUAUUGUCUGUGCAAACUCAAUGUCUGAUCGUGGCAGCUGUAUUUGUGUGCUUUAGUUUGUGUGAAUCUCACAAGAGAUGGAGAAAAAAAAAAUGUUAAAAUGUCUAUCACAGGAAAAUUAAAGUAAGUUAGCCAGCGUGUAAAUCUCGAUGUUAAAAUAAAGUAAUCAGCGAAGCUCAGCCUACACGUGCUUGUGUGUAUUGGUGUCUGUACACGAACGAGAGUAUUGAAUUGUUAUCAGUGUUUUGUCCACCGAUUAACCCCCGCCGCUUAAAAGUUAAACAGAACGUGUAAAAAGUGAAUAUUGCGGAAGAUGUUGUGUACAAACACUUUAAUGAUUCAUCUGCGCUAAUUACCAUUGUUGUUGUGCGGUAAAGUAAAUAAAUCGCAGCAGGCGGUGUGUGUGUGUGUGUGGGUGCAGCGCCGCAUUACACUAAGUGUGUGCGUGUGUUUGUGUGUGUGUGUGUGCUUUGUUCCGGAGCUGGAACGUGAAACCCAAAGUGUGCUGUGCCGUGGUUUUGCUCCGGCUAUCUGCGUUCUUGUAAACAAGAUCAAAAAUAAAGGGGGAAGGAGGAGGAAAAACAUAAUCCGACUUUUAUUCUGUGGGAGGAAGGAAACUUUGGAAGAUUACACCCGUUGCCAAGGUGCGCUCGCUGUUGGCCGGAAGAUCGAGGAGAAACUGAUAGAACAGCGCGCAAAAGCACCCACCCUCGCCCGUUGGUGAGGGGGACAGACUCCCCGCGCCCGCACCAUGACAUCUCCCCUGCCCCUGCUGCGUUCGUUCUCGACGGAAAACCAGAACCGGGACUGGUGCAAACGGUUCUCGCUGCGGGUCAACCGGAAGGCGGGCACCGAUGGGAAGCUGGACUUUGCCACGAUCCGGAAGAACAAGUUCGCCCGGCGCUGUUCGUCCCUGCGCCAGCAGCCAACCGAUCCGGCCACUCCGGGGGCGGGCGGCCCGUCGGCGGCCAGCGUCGUACUGGAGCUGGGCUCCUCGUCGAACGCGUCGCCCGCCCAGUCGAUGACCAUCCACGAGAACAACUCGCCCAAAAAGCCCAAAUGGGAGGUGAUUGAGCACUUCAAGAGCUCGAACCGCGGCCCGGAAUCGAUCAGCAGCAGUUUGAUUGCGGCAGGAGUGACGGCAUUCAAUUUGGACGAUACCACCUCCAACUACUCCGGGACGACGUCGAUCCGGAAGAAGAGCUUCCAGAUUUAUGGCGCGGCGGCACCAGAUGAGCUGGAACCGCUCAACAAUGGCAACCACAACGGAGGAGGAGGAGGAGCCACCCCCGGUGCCAGCGAACCAGUUUGGGACAGCUCUCGGUGCUGGAACCAGGUCAAAUGCCUCUUCAACGGCAUCAUCUGUUCGCACAAGUUCAAAAAUGUCCAGGUCGAGAUGCUGUACCAGCGGUACUUUCUCCGGAUGAACCAAAGCAACACGGUGCACAUCGUCUGGCUGCUGCUGGGAUUAAUCUUCAUCCUGGCGCUAAUACAUCUGGUGUUUACCUUCAUCCUGCAGCAGUCACUCGAGGGCUGUCACGGAUAUGACGGUGGCGUUGGCGGGGAUGGCGCGGACGCUUCCGACGCCUGGAACUCAUCAUCAUUAUUGUCGUCAUCGAUGGCAACCCUGCUACCAGAGUCGUCUUCGUUGCCAACGCGAUUAUCGCCGAGCAUUCCGGGCACGGACGCCCAACUUCCGGUCGACGACAAGGGAGGAGGUGGGGCGGACAUGCUUCCGGUUUCGAACGACAACACGGAGGGGGACGAUCGGCGGGGGGCACGGAGUGAAAGUGUGAUUAGUGACGGUAGUGAAAGUGGCAACACUGGCGGUAAAUUGGUUCCGGAGGGGGAGAAAGAGGGGGUGGCGAUUAGUGAGGGUGAGUGGGAGAUGGAGUGGAGGAAGUGGAGACGCCGGAGAACAAUCGGAACCGGAAGUGGUGAAGGUGGUGAUGAGACUGGGGAUGCUGCAGGGCAACGAGUGAACGAGAGAAGCCCCAUUACCGGCCCCGAUGACAGCGGCGAUAACGAUGUUAUGACCGCAUUCGCGGCCAACUAUGACCAGCAGCAGCAGGGCACGUCCUCCGCUGUCGAUGACCCCGCCUUGGCCGUGGUUGUCCUGCCAACGCCGGCCCGGCCACAGUUUACUUCGAUCUACAACGAGUCGGCGAACGGGACGUCGGCGGCGGACGGGGAAGGUGCGGAGCCGGAAUUUUGCAGCCGGGACUACUUCACCCUGCUCAAGGACAACAUGACCCAGCUGAUCCUGAUCGGGGUCUGUGCGACGGUGUACGCGCUGCUGCUGGCCUGCCUGUACAAGCAGCACAUCAACGAGAUUUACCUGUUCCAGGUGUCGUACGUGGUCAUGGUCACGCUGCUGGCGUUGGACGUGUGCUUCAGCUUUACCACGUCGGCCAAAAAGUUCACCUCGUCCGGUGGCUGCACCGUCAUCGCGAUCUACAUCAUCUACACGAUGCUCCCGAUCCGGCUGCGGGAGGCCGUCGUCGGGGGCACCCUCCUGUCGCUGUCCCACGUGCUGCUGACCUUCUUCAUGAACGAAACGGACGACCACGAGGUGCUCCUGUCGGACCUGAUCACGCUGGCCUGCACGAACGCGACCGGCAUCCUGCUGCACUGGCCCAAGGAGAGGUCCCAGCGGAACGCGUUCAUGGAGACGCGCCAGUGCGUCGAGGCCCGGUUACGGAUCCAGCGGGAGAACCAGAAGCAGGAGCAACUGCUGCUGUCCGUGUUGCCGCGGCACGUGGCCAUGGAGAUGAAGAACGACAUUGCGGGUCAGCCCCAGGAGGCUCAGUUUCAUAAGAUCUACAUCCAACGGCACGAGAACGUGAGCAUUCUGUUUGCGGACAUUUGCGGCUUCACGAGCCUCUCGGACCAGUGCACGGCGGAGGAGCUGGUCCGGCUGUUGAACGAGCUGUUUGCGAGGUUCGAUCGGCUCGCCCAGGAGCAUCACUGCCUGCGGAUCAAGUUGCUGGGAGAUUGUUACUAUUGUGUGUCCGGACUGCCGGAAGCUCGGCCGGAUCACGCGGCUUGCGCUGUUGAGAUGGGUUUGGACAUGAUCGACGCGAUCGCGCUGGUUCGCGAGGUGAUGGCGGUCAACGUGAACAUGCGGGUGGGGAUCCACACGGGGCGGGUUCACUGUGGAGUGCUGGGGCUGCGCAAGUGGCAGUUUGACGUGUGGUCCAACGACGUGACGUUGGCGAACUACAUGGAGAGUGGGGGCGUUCCGGGGCGGGUUCACAUCACCAAGGAGACGCUCAAGUGUCUCGGGGAUCACUACGAGGUGGAGGAGGGGCACGGUGCCGAUCGGAACAACUACCUGAAGGAUCACCAGAUCCAGACGUAUCUGAUCGUGCCGAAGGAGUCGUAUCGAGCGCACACCAUGUCCAAGCAGUCGUCCUCGGUGAACGGCAACAUUUCGAAGGAACUCCGCAUGAUGGGCCACUGGUCCAAGAUGGGCUUCAACGACAAGCAGGAGCCGAAGAGCACCGAGGAGGAGGUCAACGAGUAUCUGAUCAAGGCGAUCGACGCCCGGUCGAUUGAUCGGCUCCGGCUGGACCACUGCAAGCGCUUCCAUCUGACGUUCAUCAAGGACGACAUCGAGCGCAAGUAUUGCCACGAGCCGGACCCGAUGCUGAACGUGUACUUUUACUGCAGCAUCAUCAUCUUCUUCGGGAUCAUGUCGAUCCAGGUGCUGGUGUUUUCGAUGGACCGGUACAGCUACUGGGUGUACGGAGUUUUAACCGUAACCCUGCUGGUGUCUUGUGUUCCUGUCUUCUCGAGGGAAGACACUAAAAUUUCAAACUUCUUCCGCGCGAUGUCACUGAAGAUCCACGGCCGCCGGGAGGUUGCACAAGUGAUAUCGCUCUGUGUCGUCAUUACUGUGAUAUGUUUGUCUUAUUACAAACUGACUUUUAUCUUUUAUCUAUCGCUUACCGACGAGUAUUCUCUAGUACGGCCUAAUAACUGUAAAGAGUCGAAAAUUAUCAAUAUUCUGCUACUGCUUACCUUGCUUGCCUUACUGACCUGUGCGGUGCAUCAGUUUAUCAAGAUUCUGUUCAAGAUCAUCCUGCUGGUGGUCAUCCUGGUGUGCUACAUCGUGUCGAUCGUGGUGCUGGCGCUGAUCUUCGACCGGCACUGCGAGCCGUGGUUUCUCACCACGGAACGCUUCCUGAUCGACGUGGCCUUCCUGGUGGUGUUCGUCGUCGGCCAGAUCAUGCACAGCCAGCAGACGGAAAUCACCCGCCGGCUGGACUUUAUCUGGAAGCUGCAGGCGACCGAGGAGAAGGAGGACAUGGAGCACCUGCAGGCCUACAACCGGAAGCUGCUGGCGAACAUCCUGCCGGUGCACGUGGCGGACCACUUUUUGCGCCGCGAGAAGAACAUCGAGGAAAUCUACCACGAGCAGUGCGACAAGGUGUGCGUGAUGUUUGCGUCGAUUCCGAACUUUUCCGAGUUUUACAUCGAACUGGAGGGCAACAACGAGGGCGUCGAGUGUCUGCGGUUGCUCAACGAAAUCAUCGUCGACUUUGACGAUCUGCUCGCGCUGGACCGGUUCCGGCACGUGGAGAAGAUCAAGACCACCGGCUCGACGUACAUGGCUGCGUCGGGCUUAACGUUGGAUAGCUGCGAUACGGCCGAGUUUGGCCACGUGGUGGCGAUGCUCGAUUACGCGCUGGAGCUGUUCCAGAAGAUUACGGACGUGAACGAACACUCGUUCAACAACUUCCGGAUGCGGAUCGGCAUCAACAUCGGCCCGGUGGUCGCGGGGGUGAUCGGCACGCGCAAGCCCCAGUACGACAUCUGGGGCAACGCCGUCAACGUGGCCUCCCGGAUGGACUCGACCGGCGUGAUGGACCACGUCCAGGUGACGGAGGACGUGUACGAGAUCGUCAAGGAUCGCGCCUACAACCUGACCUGCCGGGGGACGAUCAACGUGAAGGGGAAGGGCACCAUGGUCACGUACCUGAUGCCGGGCAUCGCCAAGGAGCAGAACUAAGGAGGUCGUGAGUAUUUUUGUUUUGAUUUUUUUUAACUUAACUUUGAACUUAGUUAGCCUGCGACUUACUUUUUUUUUAACCACGAACAAUUCCUACGAAAUCGAAAGUAUUCUCAGACAUAUCACGAGUGUGUUGAUUUUUAUAUGGUAGCUAAUGUAGUAGAAAUGUGUACAAUUGUAGCAUUCGAAACAGUGAGUGACAAAAUAGUCCGUAAAUAUUGGUAAAAUGAUAAAAUGUUAGUGAGCUAAUUAAAACAAAAAAAAAAGUCUAUGACUUUAAUGAAUUCGUUCUAGCACGUGACAAUAUGCUUCGAAAAUUUAAAAGUUGCAAUUGAUGAGCAGAAUUUCCAACGACGAAUUUGUAAUUGCUUUUCGUGUGUUUGAAUUUAUUUCAAAUAGUUUUUGAAACUUUACAUUAUUUCAACAAAUUACAUCUAAGGCACUGUCUCGAAUGAACCUAGCAUCAAUGAAGCACUAACCUUAAUGUUUAAGACCAAAGGUCCAACCCCAACAAAUGACUGAUUUAGUCCUUUAUAGAAAUCUGUUAGCUUUAACCCCAUCCAAACGCAUCGUAGCAACCUUUGUGUUUAAUAAAAAAAAUCACCAAAAAAUCACACAGAAAAUAUCACAAAUCAAAAUUUAAUCUUAGCAGGCUAUGACCUAACCUAAACAUGAAGGCCAUCAAACAACAAACAAACAAACAAACAAACAAACAAAAACGUCAAAAACCAUGAGGCUGUCAAUUAUGAUAAAGCAUUCGGCAAAUUUUCCACAAAAAAAGAACAAACCAUAAAAAAGCAGCCAGCUCUGCAAGAUUAUAAUCAAAACGAGAUAAACGAAAAAGUUUCACCCCAGUUCAUCUGCCCUUGACGUUUCGAGCUGUUUGUUUUUAUCCCCGAGAGAUGGCCCCACUAAAUGAAGAGGCGAAUCAUUUUGGCAGUCUCGAUUUGCCGGUGUGGAACGGAAGUUAUCUUUAACUCUAAAUGCUCAAGCAACGUGCUGGAUGGGAAACUUUAUCAAACACAUUGGAUUUGAAACUAAUCAAAAGCAUAACCCCUGCAAAGUGAAAGAAAAGCGAUUCACAGCAGGCUGGGAGACCAAAAAUGAUAAAGAUUGAUGAGAGAGAGAGAGAGAGAGAGAGAGAGAGAGAGAGAGAAAAACGAAAGAGGAAAGUUUAAUAACUGUUGGGAAUUGUGUUUAGAUGGAAUUUAAAAAAGAGAAAAAAUAACAAAGAAAGGCAUCAGAGCCAAAGAGAAUCAAAUUGCUACAAGUAAUUAUAAUGCUAUAUAUAUUUAACACCGUUGAUGGAUGAUACAUUCUUCGUGGAGGAAUGAGGCAGGACAGCAAAAAAAA